AAUGGAACAUAAAAAAUUUAGAAAACCCGACGAAACAAACUUACCUUUUAAAAACAAAAGGGAGACAGCGGUCCCAAAACAAAGCAGAAUCCAAAAUCAAAAUGGCGAUGAUGGGACCGAUGGCAAAGGGAGAGAUAGUUUACAAAAUCUACAGAGCUUUAACCUACGGUCUAUCACCCUUGCUGCACCUUCACUUACACUGGCGCAAGCUCCGAGGUCUGGAGCACCCUAUCAGGUGGCGCGAACGCUUAGGUCGGCCUUCUCUCCGCCGUCCCUCCUCCGGCCCACUUCUCUGGUUCCACGCCGUCUCUUUAGGAGAAGGAAUGGCCGCCAUUCCUGUCAUUAAAUUUUGUAGUCAACGGAGACCUGACGUCCACAUUUUGAUGACAACGACGACAGUUUCCGCAUUUGAAGUACUGAAAGAUAGACUUCCAGCUAAUGUUAUAUAUCAGUUUGCUCCAAUUGAUACACCUGCUGCCAUGGAUGCUUUCCUUGGGUAUUGGAAGCCAAAUUGGAUUGUAAUAAUGGAGAGUGAACUAUGGCCGAACCUUAUUAUUGGUGCUUCCAAAUGUGGAAUUGGUCUGGCAUUAUUAAAUGCUCGAUUGUCUGCAAAGUCCUUUAGACAUUGGUCAAGACCCGUGCUAUUUCCUCUAAUGUCUCUUUUAUUGUCCAAAUUUUCUUUGAUUGCCCCAUUGAGUUCUGUCCAGGCAAUUCAUUUUCAGCUUCUGCAAGCUCCACCUUUUAGCAUAAAAUUUUCUGGUGAUCUAAAAUAUGUGGUGGAUGAAUAUGAACAAAAAGAUACCAGACAUAUAGAAUAUCUGCAAAAACAGCUUUCCCAAAAACAGGUUUGGAUGGCUGCUUCAAUUCACCGUGGUGAAGAAGAAAUAAUUUUGGGAGUUCACAACAUUCUUGUGCAAACUCACCCAGACAUUGUCACCAUUAUUGUUCCUCGGCAUCCACAACAUGGACAAGAGAUUGCUGAAGAAUUGCAGAAAGGAGGGCAAAAUGUAGCUUUGAGAUCUCAACAUAAAGAACUUAUUCCAGGAACAAGCAUAUAUUUGGUGGAUACACUUGUGCAAGUUGGCAAGUAAGGAGUUCUUAGGUAUGGAUUCGCCUGACAGAGCUCAUACCUUUAGCGACCUCGCAGUUUUGGUGAGCUCAUAGAUUUGGUGAGCUCGCACAUUUGGAGAGUUUGCAGGUUUGUGAUCAGGGUUCACCAAUGCAUGGAUGGUCACUUCGCAACACUCCUCCUUGGCCUCCAUGUUGCGAACCCCAAUAUCAUAAUGUAGCUUUUCAAACUUCCAUCUUCCCAAGGGGUUUUGUUAGAAUGUUAGCCAACUGAUCUUGUGAAUUGCAAUGUACCAAGGUUACUUCCUUGACUUGUUCCACUUCUCUCACAAAGUAAUACUAAAUUUCGAAUUGUUUUGUUCUUUCAUGGAACACUGGUUUUUUUGCAAUUGCAACAGCAGAUUGAUUAUCACACUUAAUCUCUGUUGCUUCUUCUUGUUUUAUAUUCAAAUCAUUCAGCAGUUUCUUUAACCAAAUAGCUUGAUUCACAGCUGCUGCAGUUGCAACAUAUUCAGCUUUAACAGUUGAUUGCGCCACUAUUUCUUACUUCUUAGAGCUCCAACAAAACACGCUUAGUGCUAGAGUAAAGAAAUAACCUGAGGUACGCUUCAUGUCUUUAGUAGACCUAGCCAAUCACUGUCUGAAUACCGAAGUAGUUUGACCUUUUCAGUCUUUACAAACUUCACUCCAUGGCUAAGAGUUCCUUUUAUGGAUCGUAAAACCCUUUUUGCUGCUCUGUAGUGGUUCAUAUUACUGCAAUGCAUGUAUUUUGACAAUAGACUUACAACGAAUAUUAUGUCAGGUCUAGAUGCUAUCAAGUAAAAUAGACAUCCCACCAAUCUUCUGUAGCUUGUUUUGUCAAUCUUUUCAACAUCUUCAUUGUUGGCGAGCUCCUCACCUUGAGCAAUAGGGAUGCUCGCAAGUUUACAAUUCUCCAUGCUAUAUCUUCGUAGGAUUUUCAUCAUGAACCCUUUUUGGUUUGUGAAAUGCGAGCUUGAUUUACCUCUAGAUCGAGGAAGUAUGUCAUUUCACCUAAGUUUGACAUUUCAAACUUCUCUUGCUUCUGGUCCUUGAAUUUAAUCGCUGCCAAUCACAAGUAAAUCAUCAACAUAUAAUGAAAUAAUGAGGAGUAUUUUAUUAUCAGUUUUAUUCAGAUACAAUGCAGGUUUGUUUGCUGAUGCUUCUUUCAAAACCCAUAUCUAUUAGAUGAUUAUCAAUUUUUUCAUACCACGCCCUUGGUGCUUGCUUCAAACCAUACAGUGCUUUGUUCAAUUUGUACACCCUUGAGGUUGCUCGACAUAAGUUUCUUCCUACAAAAAAUCAUUUAGGAAGGUUGACUUUACAUCCAUUUGAUGUAUCCUCUAGCCCUUUUGAGCUGCAAGAGUUAUUAGCAGCCUUGUGGUUUCUAACCUCGCAACAGGGGUAAAGAUUUCAGUAAAGUCCACUUCAUAUUGUUGGCUAAACCCCUUCGCAACCAUCCUCGCUUUAUAUAUGUUGAUUGAUCCAUUAGAAUUCAUCUUGGUUCUGAACACUAAUUUAAUUUCAAUUACUUUUUUUGCGAACUGGUCUAUCCACAAGCUCCCAUGUUUCAUUUUUGUUGAUCAUAGUGAUUUCAUCUUUCAUAGCUGUUCACUAUUCAGCUUCUUAAGCAGCUUCUUCAAAAGUGACUGGUUCUAGCUUCACCAAAGUACACCAUUGAUAGAUUUCAGUGAUGAUCUGGAUCCUCGCACUGAUUGUUCAUCAAUUGCAUCAUUUUUAGUUUGGUCUCUAGUCGCUCGCAGAUUAAGUUUUGGACUCCCCUGUUUGCACAUCUCUUCCUCUGCUGCAAUCCAAUUCCAUUUUUUUCUUUCAUCAAACUUCACAUCUCUGCUUAUGAUCACUUUCUUAGUGAAAGGAUUAUAGAUUCUAUAUCAUUUCCUAACAUUGGAAUAUCCAGCAAAUAUCCCUCACUGCGAUUUAUUGUCCAACUUGCUUCUUUUCUCUCCUGGAACAUGAACAAAACAGGUAUAAUCAAAUACUCUUAAGUGUGAAAUUGUUGAAAAUUGGCCAACCAUGUUGCUGUGAUAUUUUUGGUUGAAGUGCAUGCAGCUUGUAAACAUGCUGCAACACGUAUGCUUGCUGUAACAACAAGGUUGUUGUUUAGUUACUUUGUUAAGUUACUUAGUUGAAAAUGAACUAAGUUGGUAUUGUUUUGAUGUUUUUAGGUGCUGAUUGACAUAAUCAGCUUGUGUGCAAAUUAAGUUUUACUUGUUUCAAAGUAGGAUUAGUGGUAGUUGGUAGUAUUUGGUGAUGUAUUUGGCUAUAAAUGUAUUGUUUUUCUAAUUGAAAAAAUGAGAAAAAUGAGCUAAAAGCCAUAAGCUCUCUUGCUACACAUUUGUGAGCAAGUAAAAAUAUUUCUUGCAUCUUGCUUCAUUGUUCUGUGUUCUGUGUUUUCUUUCUCUGCUCCUCCAAAACGUCAACAAUUGGUAUCGGAGCUUUUAUGAUCUUUGAAGGGCUGCUCAACAAAUGGUAUGUUUUUGUAUUAGUUUUUGCUUCCGCUGCUUGUUAAAAAGAAAGAAGCUGCCAGAGCAUGUCAUUUAAAACUGCUUGUAGAGAAGACAGCAACAGCUCAACCCUAUGAGACUCCUAAACAAACUUGGAUAAGUUGAAGGAGGAGUUUCAAGGAAAGUAUGCGAGCUGUCCAAAGUGCAAGUGGCAUACUUGAAAGCCAAAUGUGCGAGCUCAGCAAGUUGUGCAAGCUUAGCAAAAGGUGCGAUCCCUUUAAAGUUGUUAGCUUGGCAAAAGGCGCGAGCCUGUUGAAGACAGUAAGCCAAAGUACGAGCCUAUCAAAGUGUGAGCUUGUCGAAUUGCAAGCCGAAGUGGUGAAUAGUCUAAAUGCAAACAUGAGUGGGUGCAAACCGAAGUGACGAACGAUUUAAAUGCAAGCUCGAGUGGGUGCAAGCCAAAAUGGUAGACUGAAGGGAAGCAAACUAUACUCGUGAACUAUAUUUGCAAAAAGAAAAAGGAUUGUAAUGAACAAGGGAACAAGGUAAGAUGUGUUGUCAACCAAGGCUGUAAAGGAGGAUAACACUCCAUUUGAUGAACAAGUAUUUGGCACAAAAGAUUGAUAUGGUCAAGUGUGUGAGUCAGAUUUGGUUGAGUAUGAGGCCAAGGUUGAAAAUGAAGUGCUUGAGGAGGGUUAGCUUGAAACAAAGCAUCUCGUUACUUCUAAGCUUAAAAAUUGUUAGAAGGAUUUGUAUUCGUAGCAUGGAGUCCAAGGAGGAGUGUUGAAAACUGGCCAACCAUGCUGCUGUGCUAUUUUUGGUUGAAGUGCAUGCAGCUUGUAAACAUGCUGCAGCACGUAUGCUUGCUGUAACAAUAAGGUUGUUUAUUUACUUUGUUAAGUUACGUAAUUGAAAAUGAACUAAGUUGGUAUUGUUUUGAUGUUUUUAGGUGCUGAUUGACAUAAUCAGCUUGUGUGCAAGUUAAGUUUUUCUUGUUUCAAUGUAUGAUUAGUGGUAGUAGGUAGUAUUUGGUGAUGUGUUUGGCUAUAAAUGUAUUGUUUUUCUAAUUGAAAAAAUGAGAAAAAUGAGCUAAAAGCCAUAAGCUCCCUUGCUACACAUUUGUGAGCAAGUAAAAA